CCAAAACGUCAAAUGGUUGGCGUUUGACAAACAACUGUGAAGAUAUUUGCCAAAUAACUAAAAAAUGCUGAAUUGAAUUAGAUGUUUUGAAUAUGUGUGAGACACAGAGCGAUAUUCUUGCUGAAUUUACAUUAAAAAAUCAAGAUAAUACAGUUUGUGUAACGUGUAUCAGCAGCAGAUCAUUUAUUCGAACAAAAAUAUCCUCAAAGCAGUUUUUCUCAUCCGAACAGAGCGCAUCCGAAGAGGAUAAUCAAAUUGAAGAGGAUCUGAGCACAAUUUACGAAACUUUGACCAUACAAAACGUAAAUGCCAAAUCAGAAGAAAUCGAACAAGAGGGCGUGAGUUGCUAUUGCAGCGCUUCGCACACUGACAAUCUAUCGACCGACGAGCACGAAAGCCUACGGGAAGCCCACAACGCACCGCCCAGGGGCCUCCAACAAAGCGACAGCGGCACGGAUCUUACCGAGCAGUUGAUUCACGAUAUCGAUUCCGAUUGGAACAAGUUUUGGUCAUUGAACGGCGAGAAGCUCAUAUGGGAGAGCUGGAUCGACAAAUACAGCCACUAUAUCAAUCCCGAUUAUAUGCCUUACGUUCAAAAGAAAGUCGUGGAUGAAUACAGUCUGUUAGAUAAAUGUAACGACGACCCGUUCAUUUGCAAUCCCAAGAAGUUCACGUUCAACGAAAAGGAAUUGCAAACGUUCAAUACCGACCUCCAACAAGCCUGUCUUAAACAAUUAGAAAAGGAGCCCACGAAAAAAGAAAGGAUCCAAUUGCUGCGCACACUGUCUGGAAGCGACGAGAAGAUCUCGGCGGAAAUAUCGGAGGGCUGGAAUCCCCUGUCGCCGUUUAGCGCUGACGAUGAGACUGAAGCCGAAAGAUUAUUAACUUCCAGAUGUUGUUCCCGAACCAGCAGUUCCUUAAAAACCAUCGAUUCCAUAACUAACGUAACCCGUAUGACCGUUUCCUCGUUGGACUUGAGCAACAGCACGCCCAGCUCAGAAAGCUUCUCUUCCGUCAGUUCGGUGAACAGUUCUGUUAGCUCGGAGGAGUCCGAAGAGGACUAUCAGCACCAGUGGAACGUGCUGUGGAAGAAACACUACGAAGACCAGUAUUUGGAGCAAUACAACAAGUUUAUCCAGUCCGUGAUCGGCGUCGUAGCCUCAGAUUCUCACAAUUCGAUUUCAGAUUACAAGACCAGCGAGAUGAGUAACAGCGAUAUAACUUUAGAACCGGGGAUUCCCGAUAGCAGGGACGCGAAACGGUCUAUGUCGGAAUCAAAAUCCUUGGACACGGACGAACCGAACGUGUCGCAAUGCGACACAUCCAGCGACGAGGAGAGCAAAGAGGAAAAUACCAUUUACAAGGAAAUGAUCGCCAUGGGACUCCCGGUCGCGUUCGGGGUUUCCUCCUCGCCCAAUACGUCGAUGACGUUCCAGGAAGCGACGAAUACACGCGAUCAAAGCUCAACUUCGAAGUCGGACUUCAAUUCGGGCAGGAACAGGAUCAAGUCGGCGUUCAACUUAAUCGGCUUGGAGUUUCAAGAACUAGCAGGCGAAUCGUUUUCGGGCGACGUAAGCUACAAGAUGAAACACAUCAGGCAGCAGAACAGGCACUUGAAAAUCCGGACGGAGGCCAAGAAAGCGAAGCAUUUUAUGUUCGAUGACGACGGUAAUAUGUUCGAAAAGCAGGAGCAGGAAGAAGAAGUGACGUACAACCAUAAUAUAUUUUCCGAAAGUUCGGACAACGAACUGAGCUCAUGCGAAGAGGAAGUGCCGACUGGUGAAAUAUCGAUUUCACCGACGGUCGAAGACAAAACCGAAGAGGUGCAAAUAACGAAACGAAAAAGACGGAAAAGAAAGCAGCCUCUACUGCCGCAGGAAAUCAAAAAUAACGCCAAGCUGAGGAAGUAUUGGCAGAGGAGAUUCAGCUUGUUCAGUAAAUUCGAUUUGGGGAUAAAAUUGGACGAAGAGAGCUGGUAUUCCGUAACACCAGAACAAGUUGCCAAGCAUGCAGCUGAGCGAUGCGAAUGUGAUCUAAUCAUUGAUGCAUUUUGUGGGGCAGGCGGCAAUACCAUUCAAUUUGCUUUGAAGUGUCGAAAAGUGAUAGCGAUCGACAUCGAUCCCAAGAAAAUUGAACUGGCCGAAAACAACGCCAAAGUGUAUGGUGUGUAUGACAAGAUUGAAUUCAUAGUGGGCGAUUUUUUGCAAUUGGCUGACAAGCUGAAGGCUGAUGUGGUGUUUUUGAGUCCACCAUGGGGCGGUCCUUCCUACCUGCGCGAAGCCGUCUACGAUUUAGAAACGAUGCUACAACCCGUACCGUUUUCCACGCUUAUUGCUAUGGCUAGAAAAAUCACACCUGACGUGGCAGCUUUCUUGCCGCGAAAUUGCAACACUUUUGCGCUCGCGAAAGAAGCGGGACCCGGCGGCAAAGUGGAGAUCGAACAGAAUUUCAUUAAUAAAAAAUUAGUAGCAGUUACGGCUUACUAUAACAAUUUGAUUACAGAAAAAUAACGACGUUUUCCUAUAUAUUUAAGAUUAAAAUUUUAAACGAUACGUUAUUUCGUAUUUUUUUAUGUUAAGAAAUAAAAAAUAAGUGUCCUUUUUACUUUCUUUGUUUUUCCACGUUUUUUUUAUUAUAGGUAACCAAUAAACAAAUUACAAAGUUAUUUUUGUUUUUCUUUCAUUAAGUUGGUGGACAAAAAAGGAAACCAGAACAAGUCUAGAGAAUUUUGUGACCCAAUUAGCUAAAUAUAAAAAAGAUAAACCUCCAAUAUCACGUUCCUAAAAUUACCUGGCAUGUCCUCAAUCAAUUUCUAGAAAAUCUAUAUAUCCUACAUACCCACUCCUUGAUGCCAAAAAUGGUUUUGUCAAAUUUAAAAAUAUGUAGAUUAUCUAGGAAUACAUUUUUACCUUAAAAAUGCCAAUAAGGAUAUUUUAUACAAAUUUUAUUAACUAUCUACAAUGUCUAAAACUAAACACUAUAAUCUACUUUUGGAAUGGAUAAUAAUCCAAUCCUGUGUUAUAUUUAAAUUUGGGUUUGUCAGACCUCCUGGCUUGUUGAAUCAGUUCUUGCACAUCUUUUCGGUAAGGUGGAGGAAGGCAUUCUUCAUGUAAUGUACAUUCAAACGUUUCUGGCACAUUUUUCUUGAAUAUUCUCCUUCGGAUUACAUCUACGUCUCUAUUGUAUUCAUCAAGGAUAUCCUCUAUCUUGGCUGGAGGGAU